AUGCUCGUCUUUUCAGCGUUGCUAACUAAACUCUCACGGAUCAUUCAGGCUGUCACCCUUCAUACCUCGCACGGCGAACUCAAGGUCCUUCGGCUAUUCAUACGCCGCAAACAUGCUGUUUCUGAUGAUUCUGAGCAGAUAGAACUCUUCUGCGAGGCUACUCCCAAAGCUGCCGAGAACUUUCUAGCUCUGUGUGCUAGCAACUAUUAUGACGGAUGCAUCUUUCAUCGGAAUAUCAAAGGCUUUAUGAUUCAGACCGGUGACCCCUCGGGGACCGGAAAGGGUGGCGAUUCGAUAUGGGGUGGUCCGUUUAGCGAUGAGAUUCGACCCACCAUAAAGUUCAACAGUCGAGGCAUGGUCGCAAUGGCCAACUCGGGACGCGAUAUGAACAAAAGCCAGUUCUUUAUCACAUACUCUAAGCAAUCGCACUUGGAUGGCAAAUACUCUAUCUUUGGAAGGUUCGCCGGCUUCUCCAUCUGGUUCACCGAAUGA